GACUAACUGGUGAAAGGAUCAGCUCUAUUCACUGUAGUAACAAAGUCUUAACACACCGCAUACUACAAACAACAUAUAAUUAAUCCCAGCACCACUCCUUUUGGAGUCAACCCAGGCGACGACAGUCAAAAUACGCAGAAGUUCACCGAAGACCAAGAUCACUUAACCCACAAUCUAGAAAUGAGCACAAAGAAAUCAAAUUGCUUUACACUAGCUCGCUAAAACGAUAUUGGAUAUUAGAUUGUAUGCUGAAAAUCAGCGCGUGCAUUAAACUUUCUCAAGGUCAAAUUGGCGUGAUCAGUGGUCACGGUGGCACUAGGUUGUCGAUGAGCUGGCAUGCGCUUCUACCACUUCCCAGCGUUUGGUGUGGUAUUGCUUCCAUAGGCUUCUCCGUAUUUUUAUUCAGCCUUUUGGACUAUGUGCUGAGAGGAGUACAUCCACCAAUAGUUGUUGAAUGUAAAGGUGCUCUUGCUGUGUGGAAAUGGCGCAAUAUGAUAAUUUCGUGGAUUCAUGCUGUUGUGAUAGGAACGUGGGAUAUACUGUGCUUUUAUUAUUAUCCCGAACUUCUGGAUAACCCUGUGGAUCAUGUCGUACCUUUCACAUAUUUUAUGGUUGCUCUUUCGACAGGUUACUUCUACUAUGAUUUUUGGGACAUGAUCACACAGAAGCAAGUGUUCAAAAUGUGGGAGUUGACUUUGCAUCAUGUCGCAGUUCUGGGUGCCUUUACAUAUAAUGUACUAACGGUUCGCUAUAUAGCCUAUACGGUUAUCGCUUUACUUGCUGAAGUCAACAGUAUAUUUCUACAUACUCGCAAGCUGAUGCAAAUGCAUAAGCUACAUCCAAUGAGCACACCUCGUCGUUUAACUGCUGUGGUUAAUCUUAUCACAUUCGCGGGAUGUCGGGGUUUUGCCCUAUUUCGUAUUACUUAUGGCAUGUACAUGACGCCUGAUAAAAUGUCACCGUUUUACGCAGCUUUAUUGAUGACGAGUAUGCUCAUCAUGAACAUUUUAAAUCCUAUUUUGUUCUAUAUUCUCUUACGCAACGAUUUCCUACUUCCGCGUAAAGAAGAUAAAAUCCAUUGUAUUUCUAAUGGCACGAAUUUAACCGAUUAUUCUUCAGAUAAAAGGAAAACAUCUGCUUACAGUGUAACAUAUGAGUUAAAUGGUUUCACCGGUGGUAGAUUUCAUCAACCGCAUCCGUCGGAAUUAUAAAGAAUAACCCGACAGACAAAUUAAAUGUCCGCUUUUUGUCAAAAACCUGCUCAUUCAACAGCUGUAAAAACAGCCAUUUCAUCCUGAAUUUUUCCAUGUGCUUAAUUUCUAAGAUGUUGUUUUGAUUACGUAUGUUGAAAUGUUACACUCCUAUUGCCAUAUUGGUUACAUAUUUAUACAAAUAACAGUAAAUCAGCUGUUGUCUUUUGGAAGGUUUACCAAGUGCUUUCUUAGUCUUACUUUACGAGAAUUGUCAACUAAAACCGCAGUGCCAAUAAAAUACUUAUUUUCAUCUUAUGUAAAUGCUGUUUUUUUUUUCACCUACAUUAUUUAUUGCUUCAAGCUAUCAUCUCUGUCUUUGUACACUUCAGUUGUGGAUCAUGUUUUUGGAUGCUAACAGGAGUUAUCCCCUUAACCAUUCACAUAUAAUUACGACAGUUUGUUAAUAUUUGUAAUUACUGUCUUUUAAAAAAUGUUCCAGAUGAAAAUAUUUUUGCGUAACCAAUUGCCUUUCUUUGUAAAAUAUUAUGUUUUUAUCUACAGAAGAUCUGAUGUCUACUUCAGUAAUUGUUGAAUCAGUUAUUUGGACAACUUGUCCACUGUUGCCGUUAUAAUGUCUGUGAUCAUUCAAUUUUGGUUAAUAGCAUUUGCCUUAGAACUAGAUAUCAAUUGUGAGGAAAUAAAGACACUUUUUUUAUUUACGUGUUUGCUUUCUAAUUUCUUUCAUAAAUACUUGCCAGUUGAAUUUAUUUAAAUCCUUUAUGUAUAAUUUUUAGCUGGCUUUCACAUGCUUGACACUAUAUUUUCGUAUACUUGAAGUUACUAUUUUUGAGUGCUCGAUACACAGUUGUAUGUGAAAGGCAAUGGGUUUUGGUGUAGUGGGUCUUUUUAAAUAUGCCG